AGCCAUGAAUCCCGCCGAAGGGACGGCGGAGGAAGGCGCUGUCCCUGACUCCGAGGUGGAUGCUUUCUUCCGAACAGGUUCAUUUCGAAAUGAUGGUUUAAAAGCUGCUGAUGUCCUUCCUAUACUGAAGGAGAAAGUGGCCUUUGUGUCAGGUGGCCGUGAUAAACGAGGUGGUCCUGUCUUGACCUUCCCAGCCCGCAGCAAUCAUGACAGAAUAAGGCAGGAAGACCUUCGUAAACUUGUGACUUAUUUGGCCAGCGUGCCAAGUGAAGAUGUUUGCAAACGAGGAUUCACUGUUAUUAUCGAUAUGCGGGGAUCCAAAUGGGAUUUGAUCAAGCCUCUCCUAAAAACCCUUCAAGAAGCCUUUCCUGCUGAGAUUCAUGUUGCCCUGAUUAUAAAACCUGAUAAUUUUUGGCAGAAGCAGAAAACAAACUUCGGCAGUUCCAAGUUCAUCUUUGAGACAAGUAUGGUGUCUGUGGAAGGUCUGGCAAAGCUUGUGGAUCCUUCUCAACUGACAGAUGAGUUUGAAGGGUCCUUGGAUUACAACCACGAUGAAUGGAUAGAGCUGCGUGUCUCCUUGGAAGAGUUUUUCAACAGUGCCAUCCAUUUAUUAUCAAGGCUGGAGGAUCUCCAGGAAAUGUUGGCUAGGAAGGAGUUUCCAGUUGACGUUGAGGGCUCAAGAAGGCUGAUUGAUGAGCACACACAGCUUAAGAAGAAAGUGAUUAAAGCUCCUGUGGAAGAACUGGAUCGUGAGGGCCAGAGGUUAUUACAAUGCAUAAGAUCCAGUGAUGGUUUUUCUGGUAGGAACUGCAUUCCUGGAAGUGCAGAUUUUCAAAGUCUUGUGCCAAAGAUCACCAGCCUUUUGGACAAGCUGCAUUCUACCCGGCAACACUUGCAUCAGAUGUGGCAUGUCCGCAAGUUGAAACUGGACCAGUGCUUUCAACUCCGGCUUUUUGAGCAAGAUGCAGAGAAGAUGUUCGACUGGAUCAGCCACAACAAAGAGUUGUUCCUGCAGAGUCACACCGAGAUUGGUGUGAGCUACCAACACGCCCUGGACCUGCAGACACAGCACAACCACUUUGCCAUGAAUUCCAUGAAUGCCUAUGUCAACAUCAACCGAAUCAUGUCUGUGGCGUCAAGGCUCUCCGAGGCAGGCCACUAUGCUUCCCAGCAAAUCAAACAAAUAUCCAGCCAGCUGGAUCAAGAGUGGAAGAGUUUUGCUGCAGCUCUGGAUGAGCGCAGCACCAUCUUAGCCAUGUCUGCUGUCUUCCACCAGAAAGCUGAACAGUUCCUUUCAGGUGUGGAUGCCUGGUGCAAAAUGUGCAGUGAUGGAGGCCUCCCCUCAGAAAUGCAAGACCUGGAACUGGCCAUCCACCAUCACCAGACCCUCUACGAGCAAGUGACACAGGCCUACACAGAGGUGAGCCAGGAUGGAAAAGCCUUGCUGGAUGUCCUACAGCGUCCCUUGAGUCCUGGGAAUUCUGAAUCCCUCACUGCUACUGCAAACUACUCCAAGGCUGUUCACCAGGUGUUGGAUGUCGUACAUGAAGUCCUGCAUCACCAGCGGCGCCUAGAAAGCAUCUGGCAACACAGAAAAGUCCGGCUACACCAAAGGCUGCAGCUCUGUGUUUUCCAGCAGGAUGUUCAACAGGUACUGGACUGGAUUGAAAAUCAUGGGGAAGCCUUUCUGAGCAAACACACAGGAGUAGGGAAGUCUCUACACAGAGCACGUGCGCUGCAGAAAAGACAUGAUGAUUUUGAAGAGGUAGCACAGAAUACGUACACCAAUGCAGACAAGCUCUUGGAGGCUGCAGAGCAGUUGGCUCAGACUGGGGAAUGUGACCCUGAAGAAAUCUAUAAAGCAGCCCGGCAUCUGGAAGUUCGGAUUCAGGACUUUGUCCGGAGGGUGGAACAGAGGAAACUUCUCUUGGACAUGUCAGUCUCCUUCCAUACCCACACCAAAGAGCUGUGGACAUGGAUGGAAGAUCUGCAGAAGGAGCUCUUAGAGGAUGUCUGUGCUGACUCUGUGGAUGCGGUUCAGGAGCUUAUCAAGCAGUUUCAGCAGCAGCAAACAGCCACCCUGGAUGCUACCCUCAAUGUUAUUAAAGAAGGGGAAGAUCUAAUCCAGCAGCUCAGGGACUCUGCUGUUUCCAACAACAAGACCCCCCACAACAGCUCCAUCAGCCACAUCGAAUCCGUCCUCCAGCAGCUCGACGAGGCCCAGGUACAGAUGGAAGAGCUCUUCCAUGAGAGGAAGAUUAAGCUAGACAUUUUCCUUCAGCUCCGGAUUUUUGAGCAGUACACCAUUGAGGUUACAGCAGAGCUGGAUGCUUGGAAUGAAGAUCUGCUGAGGCAAAUGAAUGAUUUCAAUACUGAGGAUCUCACUCUGGCUGAGCAGCGAUUGCAGCGUCACACUGAGCGGAAACUGGCCAUGAACAACAUGACCUUUGAAGUCAUCCAGCAAGGGCAAGACUUGCACCAAUACAUCAUGGAGGUCCAGGCUUCAGGCAUUGAGCUGAUCUGUGAAAAAGACAUUGAUCUUGCAACCCAGGUUCAAGAACUGCUGGAAUUCCUUCAUGAGAAACAGCAUGAGCUGGAGCUCAAUGCUGACCAAACUCACAAGAGGUUAGAGCAGUGCCUACAGCUCCGGCACCUCCAGGCUGAGGUCAAGCAGGUGCUUGGCUGGAUCAGGAAUGGGGAGUCGAUGCUCAACGCCAGCCUGGUCAAUGCCAGCUCCCUCUCGGAGGCUGAGCAGCUGCAGCGGGAGCACGAGCAGUUUCAGCUGGCAAUAGAGUCCCUCUUUCAUGCCACUUCCUUACAGAAGACACACCAGAGUGCCCUGCAGGUCCAGCAGAAGGCCGAAGUGUUGCUGCAGGCUGGACAUUAUGAUGCUGAUGCCAUCAGAGAAUGUGCUGAGAAGGUGGCCCUGCACUGGCAGCAGCUGAUGCUGAAGAUGGAGGACAGACUCAAACUUGUCAAUGCCUCUGUGGCCUUUUAUAAAACCUCUGAGCAGGUGUGCAGCGUGUUAGAGAGUCUGGAGCAGGAAUACAGACGGGAUGAAGACUGGUGUGGAGGCCGAGAUAAACUUGGGCCAGCAGCUGAGAUAGACCAUGUCAUCCCUCUGAUCAGCAAACAUCUGGAACAGAAGGAGGCUUUUCUCAAGGCCUGUACCCUGGCCCGGAGGAACGCCGAGGUGUUCCUCAAGUACAUCCACAGGAACAACGUCAGCAUGCCCGGAGUGGCGAGCCACACCAGAGGGCCCGAGCAGCAGGUCAAAGCCAUUCUGAGUGAGCUGUUGCAGAGGGAGAAUCGGGUCCUUCACUUCUGGACCCUGAAGAAGAGGAGAUUAGAUCAGUGCCAGCAAUAUGUUGUCUUUGAGCGCAGUGCCAAGCAGGCCUUAGACUGGAUCCAAGAAACAGGCGAAUAUUACCUCUCUACUCACAACUCCACAGGGGAAUCAGCAGAAGAAACUCAGGAACUCCUGAAGGAAUAUGGGGAAUUCAGAGUACCUGCCAAACAAACAAAGGAGAAAGUGAAGCUCCUCAUCCAGCUGGCUGACAGCUUUGUAGAAAAAGGACACAUACACGCCACUGAAAUUAGGAAGUGGGUCACCACCGUAGACAAGCGCUACCGGGACUUCUCUCUCAGGAUGGGGAAAUACCGUUACUCCCUGGAAAAAGCCCUUGGAAUCAACCCAGAGGAUAACAAAGACCUAGAACUAGAUAUUAUUCCAGCAAGUCUUUCAGACCGGGAGGUAAAGCUGCGAGAUGCAAAUCAUGAAGUCAAUGAAGAAAAAAGGAAGUCAGCCAGAAAGAAAGAAUUCAUUAUGGCUGAGCUGCUGCAGACAGAAAAAGCUUAUGUCAGGGAUUUACACGAAUGUUUAGAGACUUACCUUUGGGAAAUGACAAGUGGAGUUGAAGAAAUACCAGCUGGGAUCCUUAAUAAAGAACACAUCAUCUUUGGCAAUAUUCAGGAGAUAUAUGACUUCCAUAACAACAUUUUUCUAAAGGAGCUGGAGAAAUAUGAGCAACUGCCUGAGGAUGUGGGCCACUGCUUUGUCACCUGGGCAGAUAAAUUUCAGAUGUAUGUCACCUACUGCAAAAACAAGCCUGACUCCAGCCAGCUCAUCCUGGAACAUGCAGGGACUUUCUUUGAUGAAAUUCAGCAAAGACACGGGCUGGCCAACUCCAUCUCUUCUUAUUUAAUCAAGCCUGUCCAGAGGAUCACAAAAUACCAACUCCUACUGAAGGAACUGCUGACCUGCUGUGAGGAGGGCAAAGGGGAGCUGAAGGAUGGUCUGGAAGUGAUGCUCAGUGUCCCAAAGAAGGCCAACGAUGCAAUGCACGUCAGCAUGCUGGAAGGGUUUGAUGAGAACCUUGACGUCCAGGGAGAGCUGAUUCUUCAGGAUUCCUUCCAAGUGUGGGAUCCCAAGUCUCUCAUUCGGAAAGGCCGUGAGAGGCAUUUGUUUCUCUUUGAAAUCUCUUUGGUGUUUAGCAAAGAGAUCAAAGAUUCUUCAGGACACACAAAAUAUGUUUACAAGAACAAGUUACUGACCUCAGAACUGGGAGUGACUGAACAUGUUGAAGGAGAUCCCUGCAAAUUUGCUUUGUGGUCUGGACGAACACCAUCCUCAGACAAUAAAACAGUGCUGAAAGCAUCCAGUAUUGAAACAAAACAGGAGUGGAUCAAAAAUAUCCGGGAAGUUAUUCAAGAAAGGAUCAUUCAUCUGAAAGGAGCUCUGAAAGAGCCCAUUCAGCUCCCCAAGACACCAGCAAAGCAGCGAAACAAUAGCAGAAGAGAUGGAAUAGAUGAUGUAGACAGCCAAGGGGAUGGCAGCAGUCAACCUGACACCAUUUCCAUUGCCUCCAGGACAUCACAGAACACAGUGGACAGUGAUAAGCAUUUCGUCUACGGCAGAGACACAGGACAGUUGUCUGGAGGGUGUGAACUAACUGUGGUGCUCCAGGACUUUACAGCGGGCCACAGCAGCGAGCUGAGCAUUCAGGUGGGGCAGACAGUGGAGCUGCUGGAGAGGCCGAGUGAGAGGCCAGGCUGGUGUUUGGUCCGGACCACGGAGCGGAGCCCUCCUCAGGAGGGUCUGGUCCCCAGCAGCGCUCUCUGCAUUUCCCAUUCCCGCAGCAGUGUGGAGAUGGAUUGCUUCUUCCCUUCAGGAAAAGGGGCUGUCAGAGCCUGAAUAAUUUAAGAGUGAACAAAUGAGAGACGUUCAUGGAGGACUCUGUUCUUACCUAGGCACAAAUUGACAAGCAUGUAGAUUGCCUUGGGUUUCCACUGCACCUACCACAACUUUACUAAGAGAAAAGUCCCCUUUGCUAGACAUCUGUGUCACUCUUGCUUAGUAAAGUUAUUCAAGAUCAGCGCCUUUGGAAUUGGUUGGUAAAUGGACAAAGACUUUCUCUUUGCCCGGAGCUCCUCACAGCCUCCAAGUACCAAAGAGAACUCCACAGCACUAGAAAGCAAGAGGCAGCUGCUGAAUGUUGGAAGCUACUGCAUUUGGCAAAAGAAGCUGAUGCAAAGAUGCACACAGUUGUGUUUGUUUGUUCUGCUUGUUUUCUGUGCUUUCCGAGCCCUCUGUGUGCCUGGAAAGUUUAAUAACCAAUCCCUUCUUUCUCAACAUGCAAAUUUUCUUCCUAUCCCAAAAAGCUUUGGGUUCUGUUCUUGCUUUUUUUUUUAUUUUUCCAAUUCUAAGUUUUUGUCACUGAUACUCUUCUGUUGUUUCCGUGGAGAAUUGUUUGGGUACAUAGCCACAGCCUCCUUUGAGAUAGGGAGACCUAAAUGACACUUAAAUAUCAUUGUCUUCCCUUCUCUCCCCCCAUUUAGCAGAGUGGUCCACCUUGUCCCAGUGGUUGCUGACUUCAAGUAUAAGGCAGAGUUGACCUUAUCAAUGAUGUCAUUUAUCUGAGAAAUUACUUCAAAAUUCUUACAGUAGCUCAAUUUGGAAGCUGUUGAAUGAAGCUGACCCUUGACACUUCACAAAAGAAUAAGGCUUGUGUUUUACUAACAGCUGCUUGGAAACCAUGUGUAAUAAAGUUUGUUUUUGUGCCCAACAUCCAGGAUAAAAGAUGGCAUUUGCCGACUCUGGUACCCUUACGCUCCCAGAAGAGCAGAACUGCUUUGAUCAAAGUUUAAAAGUCUGCUUCUAUGUGGGUGUCUAAGCAUUUCACAGUUCCUUAUGCUAAAAGUAACAAUGUACUUGCAAAGGCCAGCAAAUGCUGCUCUCGUUCAGCUUCAAACACGUGACAUUUUCCUCCUUGUCAUCCCAUAUAGCUUUUCAUAAAGUUUCAGGGUUAAAACUUUUUUUAUGGAACAUGCAAAAAUCUCCCAUCAAAAUAUAUCAAGGGGGAUUUUUGCUUUGUGUUUGGGGCUUUGUUAUUUUUGCUGCUAGCGACACUUAUUCUGGAAACUUCAGGGUUGGAGAUUAUUUUAUUUUUGUCACAGAAUGAGGACAGUGUAAAUACAAAAUGUAAAGUAGAACUGAGAGAAGUGCUUCAACAAGUUGUUUCACUACAUUGAAAUAAAUGUUGAUUUGUUCAA